AUGCCGAAGAAAAAUGAUAAACGUGGCAGCGAUAGUUCCAACUUAAAUAAUUACAUCAUAAUAAUUCUAGCUAGCAUAAUCGUUAUUUUACUAGCUGUGCUCAGUGCAUACAUAAUUAAUCCAGGCGAUAAUGUCCAAAAUGAAGUUUUAAAGAAAGAAGAACUGAUUAAAAAGGAAGAAGUCAAGAGAUUAAGAUAUUGGAGUGUAAUUUUAGAAGUCUGGAAUAAAGCUGGUCACUUCCGAACAAUGAAUAGGGUUUUUGAAAGUUUACAGUACAAAUUUGUGAAUGCAUCGCUUGGAGAUGAUUGGGAUAUAUUGUGGGCAAUUGAGAAUCCAUACUAUGUUCCUGAAUUCAAAACUAAUCCUCUUUUUAUGAACAUUAAUGAAAAACCUCUUAGAAUAGAACAGAAAGUUAAUCAUUUUCCUGGAAUUGGAGUGUUGGUUGGCAAAAGUUAUAUGAACCAAAUGAAUGCACAUUUAAAGUAUAUUCUGCCUUCAUUUGAGUUCCCUAGCGAUAAAACAAAGUUUCAAAAAUUCUUAGCAAAUAAUCCUAAAGCUAAAUUCGUUGAAAAGAAUAUUUAUAACAGAGGUGUUCGUAUCGUUACAACAAAAGAUGUGCUGCAAAGAGACCACAAAGAUUCUGAAAUCUUUUAUCAACAGUUUAUGGACAAGCCCUUCUUAAUUGAUGGUCAUGCAUUUGAUUUUGGUAUUUUUGUUCUUAUCACUUCUUUUAAUCCUUUAAGAAUCUACCGAUUCGAUGCUGAUGUUCUCUUUAGAUUUUGCAAGGAGAAGUAUCAUCCAUUUGAUCCAAAUAAUCGUGACAAAUAUGUUGUGCAAUCAGGAUGUCUUCCACCCUACAAAAUGCCAACAUUUGAAAAAGUCUAUCAAAGAUAUCGGUACCCAAGCAAGAAAAUAUUCGAGAACUACAUCGACGAGAAAGGUUUUGAUGUGAACUUGCUAUGGAGUAAAAUUGAUGAUGCGAUCGUAAAAAUAGUCAUAAAUACAGAAUCAAAUGUUAUAGAAAGAAGCCAGGAGUUCAAUUACUCAACUCAUCACUUCUUUGAAUUGGUGCGAUUUGACAUUAUUUUCGAUGAAAAAUUAGAACCUUAUGUAAUGGAAGUGAACAUGAGUCCAAAUUUAACACCUGCUGCAGAAGUUUAUGAAGAAAAUGCAAUCAUUUAUGAGCAAUUAAUCUACAAUACAGUUCAUAUGAUCGGUGGAGGAUCACACUUUGAGUUUAUGUCUAGAUUUAAUGAUUCGGAUAUUAUGAUUGCAAAUAGAAAGAAUUUGGCCGUUGAUAUUGAAUCUUGUCUAAAGCAUGAAUGUCAUAGAAGUUGUGCACAUACAAGCUGUAAAUUAUGCUCACCGUGUGUCAGUGCAGAAAAACGUUAUCAGAUGCGCGAAGCAUUCAGAGAGCAUUCUUAUGAAGGAAACUUUGUCAGACUCUUUCCAGCAAAAGACUCUUAUAAAUAUAAAGAACUUUAUGGUUCAUUGUUUGAAAACAAUCAAUUCUCUGUAGAUUGGUAUAAAGCUAAAUGCUUUGAGAACGAAAAAUGGUGCUAA